GGCCGGGCGCGUGCCAUGCGCGGCACCGCAGCCGGCGGCUCCCGCUCGCUGGCUCAGCAUGCGCGGGCUGUGCCCCCGCCUCUGCCUGCUGGCCGCUCUGCUGGGGCUCUGCGGGGGCAGCAGGAACUGCCCCGACCUCAUCGUGGACCGCUGCCUCUGCGCCGCCGAGCGCGCCAAGGGGCCCGGCCGCCCGGCCCUCCGCAUCAAAGUGGUCUGCACCGGCGGAGACUUGGUGGAAACUUUGCAGCCCGCCGUGCUGCCCAACCGCACCGUGUCCCUGAUUCUGAGUAACAACAAGAUCUUGUGGUUGAAGAAUGGCUCUUUCUUCGGGCUGAGAUCCCUGGAGAGACUAGAUCUGAAGAAUAAUUUGAUCAGCACAAUUGAGCCAGGGGCCUUCUAUGGGCUUUCAGAACUGAAGCGCCUGGAUCUCUCAAAUAACAGAAUUGGUUGCCUAACACCAGAAAUGUUUGUCGGGCUUAACAAUCUUCACAAACUGAAUUUGUCAGGGAAUAUUUUUUCAAGUCUCAUGAAUGGACUUUUUUCUGAGCUGCUAGCUCUGAAAGCCCUACAUUUCAACACUGAUUCACUGAUUUGUGACUGUAACCUAAAGUGGGUCUUGCAGUGGGCCAGGAAUGCUUCAGUCCGAAUAGCAGAGGAAACAGUUUGUGCUUACCCCAGUGCUUUACAUGGACUGUCACUUUAUAACCUGAAGGAAAACCAGCUGAUAUGUGCUGGGCCUCUGGAACUUCCUCUCUUCGAGCUGAUCCCAUCACAAAGACAGGUGGUUUUCCAUGGGGACCGCUUGCCUUUUCAGUGUACUGCAACCUACGUGGACAACACCACCCAAGUGCACUGGUACCACGCGGGGCGCCUGAUGGAAACCGACGAACAGAGCGGCAUCUUCGUGGAGGACAGCAUCAUUCACGACUGCUGCUUGAUUACACGUGAACUUAUCCUAUCCAGUAUUGACAUUGAUGCAACUGGAGAUUGGGAAUGUCUAGUCAAGAAUUCCUACGGAAAUAGCACUAAGCAAGUAGAAAUUGUGGUACUUGAAACAGCUGCACCCUACUGCCCUGCAGAAAGAGUUAUUAACAACAAGGGAGAUUUCAGGUGGCCCAAAACUUUGGCUGGGAUAACUGCUUACCACCCCUGUCUCCAGUAUUCCUUUAACUCCGUUGCGUUUCACAAAGGCUCGGAAGAGGCUAAGGCGUGGCGGAAAUGUAACCGAACUGGGCGCUGGGAUGAAGAAAACUACUCUGAAUGUCCUUAUUCACAAGAAAUAACUCAAGUUCUUCAUGCUUUUAGUCAGAUGCACAUCAAUUUGACAACCGUGCUGGAGUUUUCUCGCCAGCUGACAGCCUACACAAGAGGUGCUUCCCUCUUUGCGGAUAAAAUGGAUGUAAUAUAUUUGGCUUAUAUAAUGGAAAAGCUAAUUGUCUUCGUGGAUGAAGUUGAAGAUAUUGGGGAUGCUCUUAUUGAGAUUGCCAGCAAUAUCAUGCUGGUGGAUGACCACGUGCUGUGGAUGGCUCAAAAGGAAGACAAAGCCUGCACCAGGAUUGUACGAUGUGUGGAACAGAUUGCAAGUCAAAUACUGACCAGCAAGGUUCAAGUUAUAUCAAAGGUAUCUCGUAAUAUUGCUCUGGAAGCCUUCAUGAUCAAGCCAUCCAGUUUCACAGGAAUGACGUGCACUGCCUACCAGAAAAUAUCUGCAAACUCAGACAAGUCAGUGACUCCUGAUUUGGGAAGAUGGGAAGCAGAUCACAAUCCUGAUCUAUAUUUGAAUUUCAAAUGCAACACUGGCAAUCUGGAUGGUUCUUUGGUGAAUUCGUCUACAAGGAACGCUGUAGCAGUAGCUUCGGUUCAUUUGCCACAGUCUGUCUUCUCUCAGUCUUCAGCCUGGCAAUCUGUUGAUAACUCUACUUGCAAGCUACAGUUUAUUGUCUUUCGGAAUGGAAAACUCUUUCCCAGCACAGGAAACUCAUCAAAUCUCGCAGAUGAUGGGAAACGUAGGACGGUUGCCACACCAGCUGUUUUUGCUAAAAUAGAUGGGUGCAGUUUUGGAAACCUCACCAGCCCACUUACUAUAGGAUUGAGGCACUUUGCACGGGGUAUAGACCCCAUUGCAGCCUUCUGGGAUUUCGACCUUCUAGAUGGACAUGGAGGCUGGUGGGGAGAAGGGUGCCACAUAAUUAGUUCUGCAGGCAAUAUUACCACCAUUCAGAGUACACACUUCAGUAACUUUGCAGUGCUAAUGGAUUUUAAGACAGUGCUGUCUUUCCCCCAGUACCCAGGGGAGUUUCUGCACCCUGUGGUUUAUGCAUGUACUGCAGUUAUGUUGUUGUGCCUGUUUGCUUCCAUUAUCACCUACAUUGUCCACCACAGCACAAUCCGAAUAAGCAGAAAAGGAUGGCACAUGCUUCUCAACUUUUGUUUCCAUACUGCUCUCACAUUUGCUGUUUUCGCUGGUGGAAUCAAUCGCAUUAAAUAUCCAAUUAUCUGUCAAGCUGUUGGCAUAGUACUGCAUUAUUCUACACUCUCUACUAUGCUAUGGAUCGGAGUAACUGCCAGGAAUAUUUAUAAGCAAGUCACAAAAAAACCUCAGCCAUGCCAAAACAGUGACCAACCUUCUUAUCCAAAGCAGCCACUACUCAGAUUUUACCUGAUUAGUGGUGGAGUUCCAUUCAUUAUAUGUGGGAUUACAGCAGCAACCAAUAUCAAUAAUUAUGGGAUUGAAGGCAAUGCACCAUAUUGCUGGAUGGCCUGGGAGCCCAGUCUCGGUGCGUUUUACGGGCCGGUGGCAUUCAUUGUGCUGGUGACCUGUGUUUACUUUCUCUGCACGUACGUGCAGCUGAAGCGCCAUCCUGAACGCAAGUACGAGCUGAAGGAAAAGACAGAAGAUCCGCAGAGAAUGCCAAGUACUGACGUGGGCCAUGGUCACAUUACAGACUCUGUGUCCGUUCCCCAGGCAACCUGCCCCAUGAUUUCUUCUUCCUUAUUGGAAAAUGAGCAUUCAUUUAAGGCUCAGCUUCGAGCCGCAGCAUUCACUUUGUUCCUGUUCACUGCCACUUGGACCUUUGGAGCGCUCGCAGUAUCUCAAGGUCAUUUCUUGGAUAUGAUAUUUAGCUGUCUUUAUGGAGCCUUCUGUGUGACCUUGGGGCUUUUCAUCCUGAUCCAUCACUGUGCAAAGCGAGAUGAUGUGUGGCAUUGCUGGUGGUCCUGCUGCCCAUCCAAAAGAAACACCUACUCUGUGCAAGUCAACGUGCGCCCGAAGGUCAACGUCAAUGGCGACACCCAAGUUCACGCACCUUGUCUGCAGGAAUCGCCAUGCCCCAACAAGUCAGCUGUGUUUACUCACCCGGCAGCGAGCCACUGCAAACUCACUAACCUGCAAGCGGUUCAGAACCACGUUAACUGCCUGUCGCCCGUGACACCUUGCUGUGCAAAAAUGCACUGCGAUCAGCUGCUGGAUGACGAGGCUCACAUUCACGUCCACAACGAGGGAACCUUCAGACCCAACAUGCACAUUCACAGAUGUCUGAAAAGCAGAACUAAGCCACGUUACUUCAGUCGGCACAGGUCAGCAGGGGAGAGAGAGUACGCCUACCACAUCCCCUCGAGCAUUGACGGCAGCAUCCACAGCUCGCACACAGACAGUCCCCACAGCACACACGAGAGCCAGUCAGGUCACAGACGGGCCUGCUGCUCCAAGAGCGAUCCGUACCCCACCGUCAACCAGCCCGAAAGCAGCGACGCGAGUACUGUAAUAUACAGCUGUGCUAAAAUGCCAGACAGUGACACUGUGCACCACCCAGCUCACUUUGAAAUGCACCCACGGACACAGUCAUUGCCAUUUAAUACAACAAAUCACAACGGAAUUCUCAAGGGAAACAUGCAUGAAGCCAUGAUAUACAGCUCAGAUAGUACAGGAAAUAUCAAAACUGGCCCUUGGAAAAAUGAAACUACUGUGUAGUUCGUGGGCCAUCAUAACGUGUGGGGUUUUUUUUCCCUAAACCGUCAUUAUCUUUGUUUUUAUUCCAUAAUAAAUACGGUGAUACGUUUGCGUAGCUCAUCAGUAAAUUGUACAGGUUUUCAUUUUCUUUGUAAGUGUCAAAGAGAGAGGGAUAGUGACAGUUUUAAAGUGAAAUUAUUUUUAAAAGGAAGUUAUAUAAUUAUUCUGAAAGAUAAUGAGAAAAUGAAGUCUAGACAAUUGAAUAAGAGAGGCAAUAUCCUUUUGUUAUACAGAAUGACAUUUCUUUAAAAACAUCAUUUCCAUUCAUUGUUUUCACUUUUUUUCUUUAGUAACUUCAGACACUUUUUAUAAACAUAUCAGCAUCUUAAACUUUUACUUAUUUAUUUUUGUAGAAAAAUAUUAUUACUGUGCCAUGGAUUUUAAUCAGAAGUGGCUAUGGUAGAAAUGAUAAACAUGAUUUUAUAAAAUUGCAGCUUUUUAGAUAUACAAAAGUGAUACUGCCUCUUAAAACCUUCUGUAGCAUAUGGCCUGUAAAGUCAUAAUGUACAGUCUCUGUUCUGUCCUUUUUCUUGUUGGAGAGAAGUGCUAGGUAAUGUCUCUGUUACAUCCUUGGUGCUGUAUUGGUUGUAUUUUGCAUGACAUAUGUCAGGAUAUACCAUUUGCUGUUUUCUAGUGUUACAUGUGUUUAAAAAAAGAACAAAAAAAAGUGUGGUACAAGGCUGUGAAAAACCCUAUUGAUAUUAAUCUAGAGCAUUAUAAAUCUACAGGAGAAAAAAAUCACUCUGCACUAGUUUAAGUGGCACAAUCCUUUGUAUAAGGUUAUAUGAUAGCUUUGAUAAGGGUCCACUCUAAUGUCUUUACGGAGCAUGCACUACUCAUUGUAUGUGGCACUGUGCAGUGUAAUAGCAAUUGUCUCAAUAAGUUUUACACUUCUUUGUAAAGUAUGCCUUUUAAACGAAUCUGUAAGCUGUUCCACGGUAACCUUCCCACAUCUGUUAAGGUAGAGCAGUUUUACCAUUAACUCUUUGAGGACUACAGUUAUUUUCUUAAAGUAGCUUAUUCUAGUUCAGAGAUACUGUAUAUAUGAUGUUGUCUAUUUAGUUACAUGAUCAAUGUAGUCCAGAGUUGCCAGGAAAGAGGAAGUUCAGUAAUUUUCUAAAAACACACCUUCUUAGAAUCCAUCUAUUAAUUUCACUACUUGCUUUCUGAAAACCCAUUUCCUCCCCUAGCAAAUUUCAGAUUGUCUUAAUGCUUUAAUGCAAAUUUGACCUUCAGACAAGUUCUUUAUGUUCAUGAUUUCUGCUGAAUUGUAGGGCAUUCCAGGGUCAGUAACAUUCCCUAUUAACAAGGUUCUUGGCAAGAUUAUUUUCAUGUUUCCACGAACAUCUGGACACAAAGCAUCAACUCACUGUACAGAACUGCAUCAGAAUGAUCACUGUAAGAAACAAAACUGCUUUUUACAAGUAGGGAGGGUGCAGAAUAAUAAUAGAUUUCAGAAAGUGAAUGGGAGCAUAGAGCUAUGAGGAAAAUGUCUACAGUGGAAAGUGAACAGUGCAUGCAGAAAUGAGAGAAAAAGCAGAAAUUCUGUAUGUUCUGUAUUCCCAUUCAGAUGUUUCCUCCCAAAUUGCCCUAAACAAGGACAGCAACACAAGAAAGUUUGCUAUGUUGUCUCCACACAGACUUAUGUAAUUGCUGCAGGGAGGAAAUAGAAAAUUCCAUUGAGAGACCAUCAGUCUGUGAUUCUUUGUGUCUAUGUGGCAGAAAUCUUGACCAUACUUCAGCCCCAUAUUUUUCUGUUAUUAGCAGUUUAUUAGACUCUACCUUCUUUUUUUUUUUUUUUUAAUAUGUAGGAAUAAAUUUCCUAAUAGUGUACAUAAAGAUGACAAUUAUAAUUGUUAGAAUGUUAUAAAAACAUGUAAGUCAGAUGAAUGUGUUCUGCAGUGUUGCAGGUGGGAAUUAGUACUCAAAGGGUUAAUGCUCAGUAUCUGAGUGCAAGAAAUCUUGUUUUUCUGUAUUUUUGUAAAUUUGAAAUAUAUAUUGUAAACUCCAGCAGUGCAAUGUAUCCAUCUCAGAUUGUGUAUUUUUAAAAGGUGAGCAAGAAGAAUGCACUAGGUGGUUGUCAAGUUUUAAGCCAAUAUUCAAGAGUUUCAUGACUGCUUCUUUAGCUAAUACAAAAAAAAGACAAAACACUGAGCUUUAUUAUGUAUAUGCUGUAUAUGCUUGAACUGUCUCUAAACUAAAAUACAGUAUUUUUCUUUGUUUGCAUACCAAAAUAUUUUCUGUUUCAUAAUUGGUUUCUUUUAAUAUUACUUUUACUCAUUCCACAUAGACAGUGAGCCCUAAAUAAGCAUAGAGAUAAUGUGAAAUCCACUUCUCUGUGUCUCAGCACUAUGUAUAUGUAUAUUCUGUAAAAUUGUAGGAAGUCUGUGGACCAUUAUGCAAAAUAUCACACACACACACACACAGAGCCAAGAUGAAAUACUCACUCUGCAAGAAUCCACUCAGUAAGCUCCUUUAUUCAGCUUGUGUUUUAAUCACCUCUGUUAUUUUGUCUGAGAGGCCAAUUCCAUCUUCAUAAUGGCUUACAAAAAAGUAAAUAGGUGCUGCUUUCCACAGAAUAUCUUAGAUGAUAAAACUCUCUGGAAUUCAAACAUAAAAUAUUAAAACACUUUUCUUAUUGUGUUAAAAAUUAAUUUAGUAAAUAUUUCUGGGCUAAAUUGGAAGAGAUGUGUUAUGCAAUAAUCUGUUUGCACAUUAUUUUUUCAGAAAAUAGACAGUAUAUCUACAGAGUAGGAGACAUGAUAUUAAAUAAAUAUAAAAAUGUUUUGUAACAUCAAAAUUGACCAAAAUGCUUUUUAUGCUUUUGACUUUUUUCUUUUUUUUUUUUUCCCUUAAGAUAAAUGAGAUCAUUUCAAUGCUUUGGAAGUCUGGUUUUGAUUUAUUGUGGGGUUUUGGUCAAUUAUAGUCAGUGAACCAUUACUAUUUUACCUGAUUUUCUUCCCUAUAAAAAUAAAGUCAAUGAAAUAACCAGAGUAUAAGA